AUGACGACGACAUUAAUUCAUUGCGCCGCCGCGACCACGAACACGACAAACAGCACAAAGAUGAUGACAGGAAGUAAGGGGUUACUCGCCUCGAAAGAUUCUCGAACGCGGAUAAAAGUUGUGAAAGUUGCUUCUUAUUACGGCGGGAGGAAAGGAGCAUUUCGAUGCAAUGCUAAAAACCCUUCCGAUGGUGGCAAAGGAGGCAAAAACGGUGCGGGCGAGAAAAAAUUAAGAGGGGCGAAAGCUUUGCAAAAUAAAGCAGUCUCCGAACCACCUUCGUCUCAAGGACGCCAAUCUGAUCUCACGCCUGCGUUUAUCUCCCCGUCGCAGUUCACCGAGAUGCAGUUGUCGACGUCGCAGAUGAAAAAUUUGGCCUCGCAACGCCCGACGGAUCAAACCUUUGUAUCGCAAUUCGCCGCCGACGAGCCGAGGAAAGGCGCGGAUAUUUUGGUCGAAGCGUUGGAAAGAGAAGGCGUGGAUUGCGUGUUCGCGUAUCCAGGCGGCGCGUCGAUGGAGAUUCACCAAGCGUUGACGCGUUCGACGACUGGGAUCAGGAACGUGUUGUGCAGACACGAACAAGGCGAGGUCUUCGCCGCGGAAGGGUACGGAAAGGCCACCGGGAAAAUUGGCGUGUGCAUCGCGACGAGUGGACCGGGCGCGACAAAUUUAGUCACCGGGUUAGCGGACGCGUUGUUGGAUUCGGUGCCGAUGGUUGCGAUUACCGGUCAAGUACCGAGAGCGAUGAUUGGUACGGACGCGUUCCAAGAGACGCCGAUCGUGGAGAUUACGAGGCAGAUUACGAAACAUAACUAUUUGGUGAUGAACGUGGAGGAGAUUCCGAGGAUUAUUCGCGAGGCGUUUUUCUUAGCCGCGAGCGGAAGACCCGGACCGGUUUUAGUGGACAUCCCGAAAGACGUGCAGCAGCAAAUGAGCGUGCCGUAUUGGUCGCCGAAAGUGAGUUUGAACGGGUACUUGUCUCGAUUGCCGAUUCCGCCGAGUUCGCCGCAAAUCGACCAAGUCAUGGAGAUGAUCAAGAAUGCGAAGAAGCCGGUGAUUUAUUCCGGUGGCGGUUGCUUGGAUGCCUCCGACGAACUGACACAGUUUGCAAAACAGGCUGGGAUUCCGAUUUGCUCGACAUUGAUGGGUUUAGGCGCGUUCCCGGAGAGCGACGAUUUGAGUUUGCGCAUGUUGGGUAUGCACGGCGCGGUGUACGCGAACUACGCCAUCGAUAACGCCGAUUUAAUGUUGGCCUUUGGCGUUAGGUUCGACGAUCGCGUGACUGGUAAAUUAGACGCUUUUGCCUCUCGCGCGUCCAUCGUGCACGUGGACAUUGACCCGGCUGAAAUCGGCAAGAACAAAAAACCGCACUGUUCCAUCUUUUCAAACAUCAAACCGGCGUUGAGAUUGUUGAACGAGAAAAUGAGCAGAGAGACAAACUUACCGGACUUUUCCGCCUGGCGAAACGAAUGCAACGAACAAAAGAAGUUGCACCCAUUCCCGAUGCCAAACUUGCAAAACGACGAGAUUUCACCGCAAGCGGCUAUUCAGUUGUUGUACGAAGUGACCAACGGCGAGGCGGUGAUUUCCACCGGCGUCGGUCAGCAUCAAAUGUGGGCCGCGCAGCACUAUUUGUUCGACGAACCGAGAAAUUGGUUAUCGAGCGGUGGUUUAGGUUCCAUGGGCUUUGGUUUACCCGCAGCUAUUGGUGCCGCCGCCGCGAGACCGGAUAAAGUUGUCGUCGAUAUCGACGGCGACGGGUCCUUCGUCAUGAACAUUCAAGAGUUGGCGACGUUGCACGCCGAGCAGUUGCCGGUCAAAUGCUUCAUUUUGAACAACCAAUAUUUAGGCAUGGUCGUACAAUGGGAGGACCGAUUUUAUAAAUCGAAUAGAGGACACACGUACUUAGGGUCUCCAGACCACGAAGAGUACCACGAAACGAAAGACGAGUCGAUGAUUUUCCCAGACUUUGUGACCAUCGCAAAAGGAUUCCGCGUCCCCGCGGAGAGAGUGACGAAAAUGAGCGAAUUGAAAGGCGCGAUUGAACGCAUGGUGAACACGCCGGGGCCGUACUUGUUGGACAUCAUGGUGCCUCACCAAGAGCACGUGUUACCGAUGGUUCCAGGUGGGGGUUCGUUUAAGGACACGAUCACCUCCGGCGACGGGCGAACGGCCUCGGAUUUAGGCAAGAAGAUGGACGGUCUGUAG